GUGAGUGCCUUUGUGUGCAUUUUUGUGCGUGUGUGUGAAUUUAUGUGUGAAUCCCUGAAAUGUCAGAGGCCAGUGUCGCAGUAGCUCAGGACCAGCUUGGCUGUCAGGUGUGUCUGGAUCUCCUCAAGGACCCCGUGACCAUCCCCUGUGGCCACAGCUACUGUAAAGGCUGCAUCACCACUUACUGGGGCUCCGUCAACGCCGGUGAGGCCUACACCUGCCCCCAGUGCCGGCACGCCUUUGACUCCAUACCGCACCUGAGCCGAAACACCAUCCUCGCCGACAUGUUGGAGAAGAUGAAGACCACGGCGCUGACCAUGUCGACGGGAACCACAGCGGAAGGUACGGCCACAACUGUCACCACUGACAGUGAAGGAGGAGCAGAUGAAGUCCCUCCGACGGACAACGGCUGUUACGCGGGACCCGACGACGUGCCGUGCGACUUCUGCAUGGGCAAGAAGCACAAGGCGGUGAAGUCCUGCCUGGCGUGCCUGGCCUCGUACUGCGAAAACCACCUGCUGCCGCACAUGGAGGUGCCGCGGCUCAAGAAGCACAAGCUGGUGCCCGCCACCUCCAAGCUGGAGGAGCAGAUCUGCACGGCGCACGACAAGCUCCUGGAGGUCUUCUGCUCCAACGACCAGAAGCUCAUCUGCAUGCAGUGCGCCAUGGACGACCACAAGGGCCACGACGUGGUGUCGGUCGCUGUGGAGAGGGCUGAGAGACAGAAAGAGUUUGCGAAGACCCAGGAGGUGUACAAGCAGAGGAUCCAGGAGAGAGAGAAGGAAGUGAAGAUGCUGAAGGAAGCCAUGGAGACUCUCAAGCACUCCUCCCAGGCGGCCAUGGAGGAGGCGGAGACGAUGUUCAACCUGGUGAUCCACACCAUGGAGCGGAGGCGCACAGAGCUGAAGGAGCAGAUCCGCACGCAGGAGCGCCUGGAGAUGCUGAUGGCUGAGACGCUGCUGGAGAAGCUGGAAAAGGAGAUUGAGGAGCUGGCCAAGAGGGACGUGGAGCUGACCGCGCUGGCCACCACUGAGGACCAUGUGCACUUUAUAAUGAAUUACCAGGCUCAAUGUAAAACCACUGGCCCAGAAAAACUCCCCUUCAUCCCCGUUCACCUCAGCAAGCCCCUGACGGAUCUGAGAAAAACGAUCUCCUAUCUGCAGGAGAGAUUGAACAGCUUCUGCUGCGAUGAACUUGGGAAAUUGUGUGGAAGUUCAACAUACGUGCAGCUUAUCCAAGAGCCACGAGCCAGAGAAGAGUUCCUACAAUAUGAUGGCAACUUGACGAUGGACCUCAACUCGGCCAACAACUGCCUGGUGCUGUCCGAGGGCUGCAAGGAGGCCUCCAACACCAUGGUGGUGCAGAGCUACCCCAACCACCCCGAGCGCUUCCUCACUCCGGCCCAGGUGCUGUGCAAAGAGGGCAUCACGGGCCGCUGCUACUGGGAGGUGGAGUGGAGCGGGGACAGCGGAGUGGGACUGGCCGUCACCUACCGAGGCAUCAACCGGAAGGGCCGCGGCAAGGAGUCCAAGUUUGGCUCCACGUCCCACUCCUGGGCCCUGCGCCUCUCCCCGUCCAAGUGCUCCUUCAAGCACAGCAACGUGAAGACAGAGAUCCCGGUGCCCGCCUCCGGGGCUUCUAGAAUCGGGGUGUACGUCGACCACAGGGCCGGCGUCUUGGCCUUCUUCACCGUGGCCAAGACCAUGAAUCUGCUGCACCGAGUGCAGGCACAGUUCAAUCAGCCGCUCGUCCCCGGCUUCCUGGUUCGCAUGAAGUCAAAGGUGAAGUUUGCGCCAAAAUAUCUGGUCCUCCACUCUUUGCCAAGCCUGCCCAACUGCUUGUCGUAAUCUCUGGUGUUUGUGUAGUGUGCAUAUUGAAUGUAGACACAGACAUCCCCAUAGUGUCUCAGUCAGACUUACAAAACCCUUCCUAGUAAUGCUCCAAAAACACUAACCAAAGGAAUAAGCAAAGGCAAAGUUAGCCCUUUUUUCUGCCCACUGCAAAGGAAAGCUUGUUAACCAAUCCCAGGGGGGGGGGGUUCAGAUAAAAGACUUUGUUUGGCUGUGUUUGUUUGAACACAGAAUGUUUUGCAGUUUUGACUGAACGCUUAGAGAGUUGAGUUCAACACUGUGCCAGUGGGCCCUAUUCUCGAAGUGUGCAAUUAACAGCAACAAUUGUGUUAUGUAGUGUGUAAUUGGAAACAUGAUUCAGUUUUAGUAUGUAUAUAUACUGAGUCACAAUCCACAACUCUCAUAUGAUGACCUACUACGUAUACUAAACUUGGGACUAUGAUGAUGAUGAUGAUGAUGAUGAUG